AUGCAGUCGACUCGCACAGCACUGCGAACACUGCACGCAGCAUCGCGCGCGCUGCCCAGCGCUGCGCCAGCCCACGCUCACUCUCUCAUCGCCUCGACCCGACAGCCUCAGCAGGUCCGACACAUCUCGUUCGGCUUUGACGUGCUCAGGAACUUGCUUCCGAAGCGCCAGAAGAAGGCUGAGGCGGCGGAGAAGCCGGCGGAAGGCGUUGCCGCGGCGGAGGUACCCAAGGCGAGCGCACAGGAGAAGGCGGAGGAGAAGGGCUUGUUCGACGUUGCGACGGAGGAGCUGGACGUCCGAGAGGCGCAGGGGAGGGUUGGACUUGCACCGAAGCCGAAGAAACAGGCGACCUACCACAAAUCGUCUACGGCAAACUUCAAGACGUCGCGGCGCAGGCUGGCAGACUUGUCGCGCUUGAUCGCAGGGCGAACGGCGGACGAGGCUAUCUUGCAGUUGCAGGCUUCGCAAAAGAAGAACGCGCCCCGACUGCUUUCCAUGGUCGCGCUGGCUCGUGACCAUGCCAUGGCGAAGGGUUUGAAGCGCGAGAAGCUCGUCAUCGCGCAAUCAUGGGUUACCAAGGGCGUCUACCUCAAGCGCCUCGACAUCAAGGGUCGCGGUCGAUUCGGCAUCAAGCAUCACCCGUCGGCCAAGCUGCACGUCCUUCUCGCCGAGGGCAGGACCGAGGAGGAGCGCCGGCGAGAGAAGAAGCAGGAGCAGUGGAGGAAGAAGAUCAGGAACUCGACAGAGGCGCCGGGCUUUGCGCUUGCGACGCGCGCGAGGCCGUUGAUCAACAACAACGGCGCGCAGUGGAAGUGGUAG